GAUUUCUGCAAAGAUCGAGCUUUCGAAGUAGGAAGCUUUACAUCGACCAGAGGAGAUGGGAGAGAGGAAGGUUCUCAACAAGUACUAUCCGCCUGACUUUGAUCCAUCCAAGCUGAAGCGGAUUAGUGAUCUAGGGCACCAGGGCCGGGUCCGGAUGAUGCUCCCAAUGAGUGGGCGAUGCAAGGCUUGCAGAUGUUUCAUCUAUGCAGGGACAAAGUUUAAUUCUCGUAUGGAGAUUGCCGGGGAUUACUUGGGGAUCAAGGUAUUCCGGUUCUACUUCAAGUUCACUAACUGCCUCUCGGAGUUUACAGUAAAGACGGACCCAAAGAACUUGGGCUAUACUGUGGAGACCGGCGUGACGAGGAGCUUUGAGCCCGGGCGAAUGGAGGAUGAGGAGGCGAACAGGGUGAAGAGGAAGAGGGUGGCUGAGGAGGCAGCAGUAGGUGAUGUCAUGAAAUCUCUAGAGAAUCGGGCUAGAGAGUCGAAGCGAAAAAUGGAUGUUCUUGCUGCGCUCGAUGAGAUCAAAUCUCUGAAUUCCCGGCACGCAAAAGUCAGUGUGGAUAAAAUGCUGGAGAACCUGUGGUGCUUGUCUGCGGAGAAGGAAGUGGAGUUGGAAAAAGAGGACGAAGCGCUCGUCAAAUCAAUACUGUUUCAUAUAUCGAAGGGUUCCGUGUGAAGACUAAACCAUGGUGGUGAUGCCGAGGAUGAAGACAAACCUGCUCGCGAUGCUUCUAACAAGGGGAAGAAAACGGAACAAUCAUCUGCUAUUGCAUCGAUCAGCAGCUCGAGCAAUAAAGGAAAGCAAAGUGGUUCUAAGGGAAUUUGCCGUCUGGAAUCUGUUUUCAGCUCUUCUGUUGUUCGGGUGUCAGUGGUAAAGAAGCCUACUUCACGACUUGGGGAGAUCACGAAAGGGGUGGAGGACGAGCUUGUUAGUGCAGAAACAGGGCUGCAGUCUCUCUGUCGAAGCUACGGAAGUGACGAUGACGAGUGAGUACAUCAUCCGGUCUUCAACAUGGAAGCAUAAAGCUCUCUCUUUUAUGCUU